CUCCGGAACUAGUCGAUAGGCGAGCCACACGCACACCAGAGCAGAGCAGAAUCAGUUGAAGAAGUGGGUACCAUUUCUUCUAGGAUUUCAGUCCAUUUCGCACCCAGUCCGUGAGCCCUGAGGCCGAGUUGCAGUUGCAGAAAGAUGGGUCAACUGAGUACUGUUGUGGCCGCGCUGUUGAGCGCCCUGGCCGUGUGUGGAGGAGCACCGACGGCCACCAUCAUCCAGCCGGCCCACUACUACCUGAUUCAGCCGCAACCGUCGACGCUGAAGAUUCAACCCCACCUCAUACAACCGAUCCAGCACCUGAAGCUGGAGCCGAAGCAGUACGUGUACUACUACCCGGCAGGGCUGCCACUAGCGGCCACCACGACUACCACCACGCACCACCAGUACACCGAGGGCAAACCGAUCCGCCUGACGGCACUCAAGCAGGAGGAGGGCGGCAACGGUAACUGGUGGUCGUCGGUGUUUGGCUUCUUCCAGCCACCGACCACCGAGAUGCCGGCGGGCGAAGGAGAGACAACCGAAGCGCCGGCCGCCGCCAGUAGCGCACCGGAGAAGAAGCUAAUGUAUGUGGCACCGGGCGGUGCACUCGACUUGAGAGUCGGCGAGACACCGGCCUCGACCAGUGGGCUCCCUCAGCGGUACUACAUUCUGAGUGGUGCGCCCCAAUUCUACGGCAACUUCGACGCACUGCAGAACCCGCUCAGUCCGAUCUUUAGCCUGCAGCCGUUGCAGGCGAUCCACGCGCGCGCCAACUCGGACAUUCAGGCCGAGGACGAGCAGCCCAAGUUCCAGGCCCAGAUCGUGUCGUCGCUCGCCCCGAUCGCGCCGGUUCCGGCGGCGGUGCCGGCUCAGCUGAAGAACGAUCUGCUUGAAUCGCACCAGGACAAGGAGCAGACGAUCGACCGGACCUGGGGCCGAUCGCUGGACGAUGAGCAGCCGCAGCAGCAGCAACCGGAACCGCAACCGCUGGCGGAGGACGAACCGGUCAUUGUGCAGGCACGCUCGAAGGGAGACGAGGAGGAAGGGGAGAGUGGCGUGAUGCGCGUGGUGUACGACGAGGAGCAGCCGAAGCAGGAGCCAGAGCAGGCCAUGCAGCGCAGCGUCAACGAUCCGGCCAUUGCCGCCGCCAAACCCUCCGGUAUUGCGCUCGCCGGCCGGGGCGGUGUCGCCGCAUCGGCCCCGACCGGGACGGCCGUCGUCGGUAAGAAUGGUCUAGCUCUGGCUUCACCGUCGGCCACUUCCGUUGCAGGUAACUUCUUCGAGGACGAGGACGAGGAGAAGAAGAAGAUGUAAGUGCGGUCGGAAGCGAUGCCCCCAAGCAUCGAUCCAUCCCAACGCGGCAAGCAGCAAGCGGGACGAAUUUAAGGUUCAGGAUAUUUCUGGUAUACGAGGCAGCAGCGGCAGCAGAAGCAGCAAACUGGAGCGGGGUCAAAAAGCGGGCUCAAAUCCGCACCAAGUUUCUGUCUAGCGUCCAGCGAUCACUUAGACUUUUAGGGUAACACGCACGUGACUGCGAGGGCAGUGGAGACGGAAAAUGCACAUUUCACGCAAAGCGGACUAAACACGUAACCCACCUCCGAGAGCGCAGGGGUCCUCUGAUGAGCUGAUCCGAUCCGGAGGCCAUAUUGGGAAGGAGUGGGGAACUAAGCGAAGGAUACCGGAGGCCUAUCCAUCGCACACACACACACACCUUUCCGAAACGAGAAUCGAUCGGUAUCAGGACUCACUUUCAUAAUCAUCUUCAUUCAUCAUCAUCAUCAUCGGAUUGUGGACGGCACAGAACGGCAGAACGGCGCUCUCUGCCGGUCGCCGCCGCCCAUUAAUCCAGUAUCAUUUUUGCAUCCAUUAAAAAAUACGACAUGGAAUAAAGAACGAAACGAAAAAAACA